CUUACUCGGUUCCCUAGUUGGUUGCUUCGUCUUCGCACUUUCCUUUCAUCUCCCAACUAAACUAGUUGAUGUAGGACUAUUUUAUUUUCUCGCAACGACUGACUUUUGAUUUUCCUUUCACAUCAUCUUCUAUUUUAUGCUAAUGCAACAACCAUUGACACCUUUAAUUUCCUAUAUGGCUUCUUCAUGGUUUCUCAAACUGGCUUUUAAAUUCCUUCAUCAUUUCGCAUGGCCUCUUGUUGCUCUGGUGUAUCCUAUGUGUGCUUCCAUUCAAGCAAUCGAGACUGAUUCUUAUGCAGAAACUAAGAAUUUGAUCUCAUAUUGGAUACUUCUUUCAUUCAUUUACCUCUUCGAGUAUGCUUUUACCAACCUUCUUUUACGGUUUCAGGUCUGGCUCUACAUUAAGCUAAUGAUAAUCUUGUGGCUCACCAUACCAGACUUUGGACGAGCUUCUUGUGUUUACAAUAACCUUAUUCGCUCCGUGAAACUGCAAAUAGUCACAUGGAGGUUAAAUAACUACCGGAUGAAGUGGUUAUUGGAGAAAGAUGACUUUUUAAUGCCUGCAGAGAUAUAUGUGAAAGAAGUUGGAACUGAAGCAUUAGAGAAACUCAUUGCUAGCAAGGAGUUUCUUGUGCAGACAAAUGUAGAAAGACCGGAAACAAACAUCAAAGAUUUGGAGGCUAUUGUUAAAAAGGAAAUUCCUGCAACCCAACAAGAUAUUUCUGUCAUAUCUGAAACUGUGCCAAGUCAAAAUGCAUCAGCAGCCACAGUAGAAAACAAAGUUCCUCAGAGUUCUACUUCUACACGAAAGGAAGCACAGAAAGAGUGGAAUUGUGCUUUAUGUAUGGUAACAACAUCGAGCGAGAUAACCUUGACUUCCCACCUAGGUGGAAGGAAACACAGGGCUGCUGUUGAAGCUUUGAUAGCAAAAAAGCAACCUAACUUGCAGAAGCAAAACUAUGCAAAAGCGACAAACGAAAUCACAGCUACCAACAGUAAAGAAACACCAAAAACAAAUGGAAAAAGACUACAACCAGAACACACAGAAAUCAAAGAUUUGGACACUAUUGCAAAAAAAGAAAUUCCUGCAACCAAGCAAGGAACCUCUGCUAAUAUUGCGGCAAGUCAAAAGGCAUCAUCUGCCAUAUUAGAAACCAGUGGAACAUUGGGGAGAGACACAGCUGGUGGUGAAGUUUCUCAGAGUUCCGCUGCUGCACAGAAGGAAGUGCAGAAAGAGUGGGCUUGUGCUUUAUGUUUGGUGACAACAUCGAGCGAGACAACCUUAAAUUCGCACCUCAGUGGAAGGAAACACAUGAAUACUAUUGAGGCAUUGAAAGCAAAGAAGCAACCCACCCUGGAAAAGAACCUUUGUGAACCAUUUAGGAUGGUUAAUUCGAAAAUAAUAUGUAAAGUUUGUAAUAUUAUGCUUCCAAGUGAGGAGUACAUGGCCUCUCACAUAAAAGGGUGGAAGCACUUGUCUAAGAUUCAAACUUGAUGGUUACUUUUGAAACUUGUUGAAAGGAAAUUUGGUGUAUCAAGCCUCUAA